CUGCUCCGGGAAGGACGCAUUGGAAGCCUAAACCCUGUGCGUGCUGGGGGAGCGAGGCGCUCCCCGGCGCCUGCUUGCAAACGUCAGGCGCUCGCUGGGGCAGCCCCGGGAGCGGGUCCUUCUAGCCCGGGCGGGCGGCGGUGGCGGCUCCUCGGUUCAUGUUUUUAUCCCGUUUUUUGGUAAAGAUGGCAGCUAACAAUGCAGUGCUGAACAGACUGGAGCAGAAAGGUGCAGAGGCUGAUCAAGUUAUUGAGUACCUCAAGCAGCAAGUUGCCCUGCUCAAGGAAAAAGCCAUCUUGCAAGCAUCUCUCCGAGAAGAGAAGAAGCUCCGUGUAGAAAAUGCUAAACUGAAGAAAGAAAUUGAAGGGCUGAAACAGGAGCUGAUUCAGGCUGAAAUUCGAAAUGGAGUAAAGCAGGUUGCAGUUCCUCCUGAUACAGCCCUUUGUACAGCUUCGUUUUCAGAGAAUGCUCCACAACCUACAGCAGUUACAGCAUCUUCUGGUUCCAAAGAUCAAAUUAAAGGUGAAGAUGAAGAAAAGAAAAAGAAAGAAAAAGUAGAAAAAAAAGGUGAAAAGAAGGAGAAGAAACAGCAGCCAGCUGCUGGAAGUACCGAUGCAAAACCUGUAGAUGUUUCUCGUCUGGAUCUUCGUGUUGGCUGCAUUAUUACUGCUGAAAAGCAUCCAGAUGCAGACACUCUGUAUGUUGAACAAGUGGAUGUUGGUGAAGCAAGCCCAAGGACUGUUGUCAGCGGUUUAGUGAAACAUGUUCCUCUGGAUAAGAUGCAGAAUCGAAUGGCAGUGCUACUCUGUAACUUGAAGCCUGCAAAGAUGAGAGGAGUAGUAUCUCAAGCAAUGGUGAUGUGUGCCAGCUCCCCAGAAAAAGUGGAAAUUCUGGCUCCUCCAGCUGGAGCAGUACCAGGGGACAGAAUCACUUUUGAAGGUUUUCCUGGAGAUCCUGAGAAGGAACUUAAUCCAAAGAAGAAGAUUUGGGAGCAAAUCCAACCUGAUCUUCAUACCAAUGACCAGUGUGUUGCUACAUACAAAGGAGUUCCAUUUGAAGUGAAAGGGAAAGGAGUGUGCAGGGCAGAGACCAUGGCAAACAGCGGAAUUAAAUAAAUAAAUAAAUGGUUAUUAGAAACUUUUACACAUGUUGAAAUGGAAAGUGAUGCAAGCAGAAUAAAAAACAUGAAAUGCAUGGCUAA